AUGGCUUCAAACGACGAUCUUGAAUUUUCGUUCUUCGACUUACCAGAAACUUUUGGUGUUCUCACGGAGUGUGGAGGAAAUGCUUCGUUGCUGGUUUCAGAAAAUGAACACAAUGACCUUGUUGGAUAUAACCCUGUCUCUGCCGCCACAAGUGAUGUGUUUCCUUCACCACUAAUAGAGAAUUCAAACACCGAUCAAGAGACAUUGACAAGAACUUCAUCAAGCUUUGAUCAAGAGACAGCCAUAGUAGCACACAAUCAAAGCUUUCAUCAAGAUGACGACUAUUCUAAGUAUUUGACCACUGCAGAAAACUUUAAUGACAUGCCGUCGAGUGUAUUUAGCAAUGGCCAAAGAGAAAAUGUGGACAGUGGAAGUUAUGUCCUAACUUCGAGCAAUCAAAUGAUGACUACUGGACUACAAUCAACUGAUGUACAACAUGGACCUCCAGAGCAAAGUUAUCAACAACCUUUAUUGUCUCAGACAAUUCCCCAUUUCUCUAACCAGCCAUAUGUUUCAACACUGGUAAGGAGUAAUAUACAAGAAGUGGGGCAAGCUAAUGGACCUACAAAUCUCAAUCUAAUUCAUCAUGGCCUUCAAGAUCAUCACUUUCAUCCUUCUUUGUAUCAGAAGGAACAAUAUAAUCACACCGACUCACUACUUGAACAAAUCAUGCGUAUUCAUGAAACUGAACAUCAAAUGCAACUACCAAAGUUCACAAACAUGUCUAGUACCCCAACAUCAGUGGGGACACUGCUAAACAAUCAAUGCCUAAGUCCUUUUGCAUCGACUCCAACUAUUUUGACGCAUCCAGAGACAGGAAAUUACUCACCAUUUACGCAUAGGUCAUAUCAGCCUGACUCAUUUGCUUAUGCCUUCCAAAAAUCAAGCUCGUUAAACCCUACUCGCCGGCCCCGUGGAAGGCCGAGGAGAAUUCAAAGUGUUAUGCCUCCGAGUUUGACAAUUACAACACCACAAAACAUGUCUUUAGUACCUGCAAUUCAAACCCUAUCAACACCUCCCAGUACGCCCUAUCGCGCCCAAGAGAAGGGAAAACAACAUGUUACAGCGAUGCCGUCUUUGAACCCAACUCUCUACAAUCAGUAUCAAAAUUCAUACACAAACUCAAUGAUCCAACAGGGUGGAGGUUUAAGCCAACGCGAUUGUUAUGAUCAAUUUGAAAAUGAAGGUUCUUCGUCUAAAAGAAAGAGGAUCAUGUUACCGUUUCAAGAAAAAAGUAUAGCAGAAUCGUCGAGUGUAUCUCUAUGGCAAGAUGGAAAUAGGCGUUCAAGUGCGGCCAAUAACAAUGAGGAGAGGUUAGAAAAUACAGUAUACGAUCCAUUUUAUGCAGGUGUUGGAUUACCCCUUGAUCCUCAUUUGAGGUUCUUUUGAUCGAAUUUUUUGAAAUGGACGGCAUAACUUGCAUAUUUGAAGAAUCAAUAUGGUGUAUUGAUGGGAUACGAUAUUUGAGAGCCAUAUUCUAUAUCAUAUAAGCAAUUAUGGAUAUAUGUACAUUAUUUCUGCAUGUGACAAAAAUUGUCAGUCCAUCGGUUUGUACUAGUGAUUAUGUUGUGUCAUAGCCUUUUAAACCUUUUUAAUGC